AUGGCUGUACAUUGGUGCAUUGUGUUGCUUUCCGUGAUUAUUGGCGUGGCGGUUACAGAGCAUCCUCCCAACAAUCCUCCUUUCGUUUUGGAUGAGGUUAAUGCUGCAGCCGAAACUCGGAUACUAGAGCGAGUGGCUCAUUUGUUACAAAGCUUGAGUGACAAAAUAAAAAUGUUGCACGAUCGAGUUGACAGUUUAAUCCUUGCGCAAAAUGUAGCAAACAAAUCUAUGGAAAAAGUUUCGGAACAAUUACAAAGCUUUUCAACAUCAACUACGCAACGGAUGAUCAAUCUAGAGCAAAAAAUGAUCAAUUUAAACCACAAGUUCGGACGAAUUCCAGAAGACACAGGAGUGUACUUCAUGCGACCGGAUCCAUCCAAAAACAUAACUUUUGCAGUAUCUCGCGACUGGACGAAUAAUCAUGGAUACGGUGACAAUUGGAUCAUUUUCCAGCGACGGUUCAACGGUUCGGUCGAUUUCUAUCGCAACUGGACCGAGUACAAGCAAGGAUUUGGUGAUCUACGCGGCGAACACUGGCUAGGGUUGGAAAAGCUACACAUGAUCGUGAAAACCCAGCGACACGAGCUGCUCAUCGUAUUGGAAGACUUCGAAGGCGUGAUUGCGUAUGCACAUUACGAUGACUUUCAAAUUGGAAAUGAAACUGAGAAAUACAUCAUAAAAUCGGUCGGUAAAUACACCGGCACGGCGGGUGAUUCGUUUACCUAUCACAAGGACCAAUUAUUUACAACAAACGAUCAGGAUAAUGAUAAAGCUGAUUACAAUUGUGCCCAAUCGUUUGUUGGCGGAUGGUGGUUCAAGAGCUGUUAUUUUAGCCAUUUGAAUGGAAAAUAUGUAGAUGGAAAUAACAAACUUGUACGUGGUAUCAAUUGGAAUUCUUUUAGGGGAGAUACAAACUCCUUGAAGAGCACCAAAAUGAUGGUUCGACCUGUUGAGUAA